AAUUCUUUCUUUUUCAACUUUUUGGAAUUAGGGUACAGUUGGCCCUACUGGGUGGGCUUUAUCAAGAACCUGAUUCUUGAAUACAACCCAGCAAUGCAGUGGCGAGAGUAGUCCCAGACCAGGUCCGACCCUUCUCGUCUCUUCUCUUCUCGUUUUCCGUGAAUUCUUUCUGUUCUUGUUCCAUCAACGAAUCGACGACAAUCCUCCCGCAAAUGGCGCAGAUUAUCAACCAGGUUAAUGUAUGUCAGAUAUGUGGGGUUGAAGGCUAUGAUUGUCUAGUUCAUUGCUCUUCCUGUGAUGCUUAUGAACAUAUGUAUUGCAUGGAGAAAGUCAUAAUGGAAGCACCAAAAGAUUGGAAAUGUGAUUACUGUCAAAUCAAGACUCAAGAUCAUUUGGAUGGAAGUAGAAUUGACCAAAUUCGAGUCGAGUUUCCUUUGGGCCCUUCUAAAUGUUUUUCUUGGAAAGGAAGGUUCAAGAUUCUUGAUGAAAGUUUUAUGGAUCUUCAGUGUCACUUGAAGGCUCAUCUUCCAACAACAAUAAAGAAAAAAAUCUAUCAGUUCUCGUUAAAAAUGCCAGAAGAAGUAAAACUCACAAUGGUUCCUAGAUCCAACUUUGGGAUAAAUACGUUCACCAAAGAUGACAUUUCGUUGUAUUUCUUCUGCGGUCAUAAUCUUGGAUGUAUCAGAUACCACCAGAUAUUGGAUCAGAUGGGGGCGAAUGAUUAUGUAAUGAGAAGCACUAUGAAUGGUGUGGAAUUGAUCGUUCUCAGUUCGAGGCUUCUUCCAGUGGAUUCUCAACACUAUUUGGGUCGAUGGCCUUUCAUGUGGGCAGUUCUUCGAUCAAUGAGAAAAUAUAAAACUGUAAGCGAACUGAAUACAACAUCGAUUCAGGUGGUGGAGUCGACUAGUUUUCUUCCUCCAACUCUUCCAACUACAAUUGCCAUGAAUUGUGAUUUCCCACCUGGAUUUGAACAUGUGAAGUUGGAGAGAAUAGAAGGUGGGACAUAGAUUGAUCAUUAACUAAACAAACCAUAUGAUUUUGAAUAGUGUUAGUUAGUGCUAAUAUUGUGUUUUUUGGAAGUUGCAUAUUACAUUAUUACAUUAUUGCAAUUUGCAUUCAUGCUUAUU